GAGGCCGCACCGUGAUCCUUUCUCCUCCUGGAUUCUGGGCGCCCAUGCACAGGCACCCGCGUGGAUUUUCAAGGCAGGUACUGGAUCUGGGACUCCAACCCGGGCGGUCUUGUGAGUCCAGCGCCUUCACCAUCGCGCCCCCCUGCUGGCCAGUUACCGUGUUAGUCAACAUUGUCUUUCCAGGACUCCGAUCCGGUCCAAGGCCCCAGCUGCAGGUCUCUGCUUCCUGACUGAAGAGCCACAAUGGACACAGACAACCGCACGCGGCCCGCAGACUUUGUCCUGCUGCGGCUUCCCGGGCCGCAGGCAUUUCCGCUCGCCCUCUUCGCGCUUUUCCUGGGCAUGUACAUGCUCACGGUGGGCGGGAACGUGGCCAUCCUGGUGCCGGUGGUGCUGGUGAGCUGCUGCCGCCAGCUGCACACGCCCAUGUACUUCUUCCUGAGCAACCUGUCUUUCCUGGAGAUCUGGUAUACCACCGCCGCGGUCCCCAAAGCCCUGGCCAUCCUCCUGGGCGGGAGCUGGACCCUCGCCUACGCGAGCUGCCUGGCGCAGAUGUACCUGGUGUUCUCGCUGGGCUGCACCGAGUACUUCCUGCUGGCCGCCAUGGCCUACGACCGCUACCUCGCCGUCUGCUGGCCGCUGCGCUACCACGCCGUCAUGAGCGGCCCGCUCUCCGCGCAGCUGGCGCUGGGCUCCUGGCUCGGCGGCUUCCUGGCCAUCGCGGCGCCCACGCCCCUCGUCGGGCGGCUGUCCUUGUGCGGCCCCGUGGUGCUCAUCUGGUUCAGGUCCACCAUCUUCCUGCACAUGGGCACCUCCAUCCAGGACGCCCUGGACCUGACCAAAGCUGUCCACGUCCUCAACACUGUGGUGACCCCCGUCCUAAACCCCUUCAUCUACACCCUGCUCAACAAAGAAGUGAGAGAAGCCCUGAGGAAGAAUUGGGCGGAAACCUCCUCUCGUGAGCAGACACUCUGCAAGGAGCCGUGCGUCAGAGGUCCCGAGUGAGCCCCGCUGCUCCAGGUCAGCCUCACAUGGAUCAGAGAGAGAGGAGAGAGAUGCACGGGGCUGCUGGCCCACGUGCUCCUUCCCGCAGGGAUGGGCGCUAAGCACACAAAGCAUGGUAUAGAAUGAGAUUUCAUCUUGACUUUCCUCUAUAAGAUCGGGCAAGAGUGUACAGCAGAGGAGCAAUGAGCCCAGAUGGGAAGCUUUUCAGAAAUGAAGAAUGGUAUACCUGGGACUCAUGUAAACGUUUACUGUAAGUUUUAAAAUUUGAAGGAAAAAUGAUGUAAGAUUUUGAUUUAUACACUAAGUCUUGGUCUGGACGAAUGAAAGCACACCUUCACAGACUUUCCAAGGUAACAGCUGUUUAGAGGAAAUGCACCUCUUCGAAUACACACCAGAGGA